GAGGAAGGAGUCCUUUGGUCGCCUGAGCUCUGCCUCUCCCUCACCGGCACCAGGAGCCGCAGAGUACCCUGGUGCGCUCAUGAUAUGCAGAGCACACACUGAGCGACUGACCUCCGCCAGGGUGUUCGAAAAGAUUGGCUAUGAGGAAGGGCGAUGGAGGAAAUAGAAGCAUGAAAGAAAACAUAAACAGGAGUUUGCAAUUAAGAGCAAUUAACAUGUAAAGGAAUCCCGUGUGUCCAUUACACUGACCUGAAUACACCAGAUUGCUGUUCCCAUCCGAAAAUCCUUAAUUCAAUCACAUUUGUAACUUCUCUGUGCUAGAUCUUUCAUAUGGACGAUCUCUCUGAGGCCAACGGCGCUUUCGCCAUCAGCUUACUAAAACUAGUAGGUGAAGGAGACGCAUCUCGCAACCUGUGUUUCUGUCCUCUGAGCAUCUCCUCUGCCCUGGCCAUGGUCUUCCUGGGAGCGAAAGGAAACACAGCCGCCCAGAUGUCCCAGGUACUUUGUUUGAACAGAGACGGGGAUGUCCACCAAGGCUUCCAGACACUUCUCACCGAAGUCAAUAAAGCUGGCACUCAGUACUUGCUUAGAAACGCAUGCAGACUCUUUGGAGAAGAGACGUGUGAUUUCCUUUCCAGCUUCAAGGAAUCCUGCCGGAAGUUCUACCAGGCAGGGCUGGAGGAGCUGUCCUUUGCCAGAGACACGGAGGGCAGCAGGAGACACAUCAACGACUGGGUGAUGGAAAAGACUGAAGGUAAGAUUUCGGAGUUAUUGGGUCCUGGGACAGUCCAUCCAUUGACUAAACUAGUCCUUGUGAACGCCAUGUAUUUCAAAGGGAAGUGGAAUGAGCAGUUUGACCGAAAAUACACAAGGGGCAUGACCUUUAGAACGAACCAGCAGGAGAAUAAAACAGUGCAGAUGAUGUUUAAGCACGCUAAAUUUAAGAUGGGGCACAUAGACGAGGUGCCCAUGCAGGUCUUGGAGUUACCCUAUGCAGAGAAAGAGUUGAGCAUGGUCAUUCUGCUUCCCGAUGAACACACUGAUCUCUCUGACGUGGAAAAAGCACUUACAUAUGAGAAGUUCAGAGCCUGGACGGACCCAGAUACUAUGACGGAAAGCAAGGUUCAAGUUUUCCUCCCCAGACUGAAGCUGGAGGAGAGUUAUGACCUGGAGCCUUUCCUUCAACGUUUAGGAAUGACAGAUGCGUUUGAGGAAAGCAAGGCCAACUUCUCAGGAAUGUCAACUAUGAAGCAUGUGCCUGUGUCCAAGGUGGCCCACAAGUGCUUUGUGGAGGUGAAUGAGGAGGGCACGGAAGCAGCAGCAGCCACCGCAGUGGUCAGGAACGCUCGGUGCUGUAGAGUAGAACCAAGGUUUUGUGCCGACCACCCUUUCCUUUUCUUUAUCUGGCACCAUAAAACCAGCAGCAUCUUGUUCUGUGGCCGGUUCUCCUCUCCAUAGAGGGUGUGGUUGUUCCCCACACCAUCCUUUCCCACGCAGCUACCUUGCCUAGUUAAACUUCCACGCGGCCAAGUAGGCAAGAUGGCUUCCAUGCCAGAAUCAAGGGCGUGCUCUUGGGUGAUUUGUAGAUGUCUUUGCUGAUGAAGGAGGCUACCCUUGGUUUAGUGGUUGGGUUCCUCUCCUUGUCUCCACUCUUAUUAUUAUUAUUUUUUUUUUUUGAGGUAGGGUCUCACUAGCUCAGGCUGAUCUGGAAUUCACUAUGUAGUCUCAGGGUGGCUUCAGACUCAUGGCGAUCCUCCUACCUCUGCCUCCUCAGUGCUGGGAUUAAAGGCGUGCACCGGCACUCCCUUCUUUCCACUCUAAUUCUUGACCCAGCUCGUGAGUGGUCUGUUAUCCUGUCCUGCUCUCUAAGCUGCAUCUCCUGCCAUUGUCAGGCUCACCAGGCAGUGCCCGUGCAAGUCCCUGUGUACGUGAAGCCGGGGCUGAAUGCUGUGGCAUAAAGCAAUAUAGGCUCCCCGUGUCUCACAGGUAGUCGAGAUAGUACGUUUCCCUCCCUUGGCAUCACACAGUCUCUCCGCAUCUCCCUUGGUUCUGAUAGUUCCUUGAGCAUCAGAGAUAAAUUCUGGGGCUUGACAGUGAGCUCAGGAUGGAGCUGGGAGACAGAGGUCCAACGUAUGCCAUGUCAUCGUGUUCCGUCCCCUUCUUUCUGAACUAUACAAAGCCCCAAAGGGCAUUUCUCACUAAACAAUUCUUAUAACCAUCCCUCUAAUUAAUCACUCGCUCUGACAUGGAUUAAAAUUGCUUUUGGCUUAAGAAGGGAUCACUCUACAUUGUAUUUUUCUGACUCAAAUAAUUUGUACCAUAGCAGCAAUUUAGAAAUUAUAGAAAAGGUAUAUAAAGAAAAUUGAAAUCAUCAUAAAUUGUACUACCUGAAAAUCAUAGUUCAUGUGAGCCAAUAUUCCAUAGUUCACAUACAUUAUUCUACAGUCUAUGAAUGUCAGUGGAAGUUAGUAAGUGUUUUUAGCACAAGUUAAUUGCAACUUGUUUAGCUUAUUUCCCCUGUGCCAGUUAAAUUCUAUUAGCCAGAUUAGAUCAGAAAACAAGUAAGAGACAUGCCUCUCGGGCAGGUCUCUGUGGGUGUUUCCGAGAAGUACUGAUGGAGGGAGGAAGAUCCCCCCCCCCCCCCCAGGGCGGACUGCCCUUCUGUUGGUGGACUGUGCAUAGAGAAACCCCAGGAGAACACAGUGCAUCCUGAGCGUUGUCCUUGUUACCUACUUGUACGCACACCUAUUCUGUUGCUGCUGUCCUUGGCAGACAUUGGAACCAGCUUUAUCAGCCUUCCAAUACGGACUGAAGCUCAGCAGCCCUCCAACAACCCUCCAGGCCCUCAGGGCCACGUGGGGACUUCCGAGGCAUCCUUGUGGGGUGAGCAGUUACCAGGUUCUCUCUCCCUCCAGCCUGAAGACAGCUACUACUGGACUGCCCAGCCUCCGUGUCCUGUGAGCUAAUCUAGUACAUCCCGUUAUGAUAUACAUUCAGUCUGUGGAUUCUGCUCCUUUCGAGAACCCUGACUAACACACCAGCCUUUCUUCUUCUCUUGCUAUGUUACCCAUUGCUGCACAUAGUGUUCUAGAGUGCGGUUGCGUUUCUAUUAACUGAACCCACUUAGACCACUGUGGCAAUUAAGAUUAUAUGUAUUUCAUAUAUAUUAUAAUAGGGCCUCAGUAUUUGUUCAUAUCCUUAAUUUUUGAACAAAUAUUAUUAAAAUUAUACCGUCAGUGUAAAAUGUGGGUGCAUUAUGAGACUUCCAAAUUGGUCUCUGAAACUAAUUUACACACUCAUUUAUGUUUCCACUUACAGCUCCAGUAGCUCACUGGCUUUAUGGUCUAUUUUCAAUGCGUUGAACUGAACAGUGGAGACUCCUGACUCUGUUUUUGAUUUUACUGCUCAAAGUUGCACACACUUUUCACAAUAUCAUUGUUUUCUUAAUUUUUACCAAAAGAGAAUAUGGUUUUGGGGCCAUCUACUAUCCAGGGACUAUACUUUCCAAGAUAAGUUUAGCCAUAACCCAAUCUACCAGAAUAGAAAAUGUGCACCCAUGAAUUUUAGACACACUUCUACCUCUAUUUCUAAAAUCUACCUUCCACGAGGUAUAAAAGGCAUGAAAUAAAGCGUACACAUUCUCACGGGUACAUUCUGAGAAGUCCCGACACGUGUGCAUGCACUCGUGAGACUGUCCGAGCUCUCGAGCUGUAGAGCGCCCCCCCUCACACCCCAGUCUUGCUCCCUCUCCUUCCCCUCCAUGCCCCGUCCCCCCACGUCUUACAUCUGCUACUUAGAUAGCUACUGAUCUGUUCUCCAGGUCAUAGAUUAGUUUGCAUUUUCUAGGAUCUCAUUUACCUGCAAUCCUGUAUCAUCUAGUCCUUUGGCUUAUUGUUCCCAACAUUCAGGGUAACGACUUUUAGAUUCACUCCCAUUGUAUCAGUUUGUCAAUCAUUAGCUUCUGUUGUUGCUAAGUUACAUGUUAUUGCACAGAUAUACCAUAAUUUGUUUAUCUAUUCAUGGUCUGAUGGACAUUUAGAACAACAUAAAGGUUUUGGCUGUUGGAGAUGAAGUUGUUCCGGGCAAUCAUGUUCACAUCUUUCAGUGGAAUUAUACCUUCCGUUCUGUUGGGAAGCUGCGUAGGAGUGCGGUGUCUGGGUUGUUUGGGAGGUAUGGGUCUAACUUUCUAAGCAACUGACAAAUUGCUUCUGCGAGCUGUGUCAUUUCACAGUUGUUUUAUAUCCUCAUCAAAACCUGCUACAAUUAAUGAUGCUAUUUAAGUAAGCAAGAGCACAUUAUUUUGGGUUUAAUAUAUGUUUUCUUAAUGAAUAAUUAUCUUUGGUCUUUUUGUGUGAUCAGUUGUUAUUCAUAUGUGCACUUCGGUUCAAAAAAUCUUUUUAAAUUUCUAACACAUAUUUUACAACUUUUAGUUUUGUAAUUGUUGUUUGGGAAAUAUUACCUUGUGAGAAAAUGCUGGGAAUAGAGCAUUUGAACACAUGAGACUAUGGGAACAUUUUACACUGAAGCCAUAAGGACCAUUUUUUGUAAAUGUGUUAUCUGUUAAUAAAGAAAACUCUACUUUUACUUUAUUUUUCUUACCUUGCUGGAUUGAUUGUUGGUUGAUUAGAAGCAGUGAAACACAAAUCUUUGUUUUGUUUUUGAUUUUAGGGAGAAACAUGACGUUUUUCAACAUUAAGUGUGAUAAUACAUGUAUGUUUUCCAAACAAGUCCUUUAUAAGGUUGAAGACAUCUCCAAUUUCUAGUUUACUCAAAGGUUUUGUUUCUGUGGUCAGUUUUUGAGUGUUAAAGUUUAUAUUACUAAAAUAUGUUGCAUGACUUUACAUUAAUAAACCCAACUUGAUUAUUA